GGUUGUUACGGUAGCUUGUUGCUGCUGCUGCUGCUGCUGUUCUCGCGACCACACGCGGGCAAGCUUAUAGUAGAAAACGUAAUCGGCGGAUUUACUUUAUUAUUAUUUUUUAAAAAUUUAAAUAAUGUCUUUUAUUUCUCACAGUCGGAAAGACACGAGCGGAACGUACACUUUCUCCAGCCGUCCCAGGCCCGUUGAGAACCGCUCCAAAUACAGAGAACAGCCGACCGACAAGACUGACAAGGCACACAGUACUUAUGGAAACAUCAUGUAUGAUCGUCGUGUCAUCAGGGGAAACACUUACGCCCAACGCUUUCUAUCAACUGUGCUGCAGGAAGACCUUGCUGAAAUACAAAGACAGCAAGAGAUGAGGAGGGCUGUGACUCGUAAAAAGAAGACCAAGGAUCAGCGAAGAUCUUCCACUCCGGAGGCCGUCCAAGGCAGAAAACACAACGUUGUCCAAACGGAGCUUUAUCUGGAAGAGCUGUGCUACAACAUAGAGGUUUCACACAUCGAGUGCCAGACUGAUCCUCUCCUGGACAGACCAGCAACACCGCUUUUUAUACCUGCCAAAUCUGGCAAAGAUGUUGCAACACAAAUAGAGGAGGGGGAGUUGUUUGACUUUGACCGAGAGGUGCAACCCUUGCUGGAGGUCUUGGUGGGGAAGACCAUUGAGCAGUCUCUGCUGGAAGUGAUGGAGGAGGAGGAGCUGGCCUGUCUGAGAGCCCAGCAGAGGGCUUUUCAGGAGCUUCGCAACGCCGAACUGGCUGAGGUGCAGCGGCUACAGGAGCGGGAGUGGCGCCGCAGGGAGGAAAAGGAGCGCCGUAUUGCCCAGCAGAGAGAGGCACUGAGGAUGGAAAAAGAGACUGUGGAGAAGAUUGCAGCGCUGUCCUACACCCAGCAGUACCUGUCUGACCAUGUACCAACAGUCUUUAAGUCCCUCAGGAUCCACGGCUUCUUCUAUGACCCCGUUGAGAAAGAUAUUGAGACACACUUCUUUCCAUGGCUGAUGGUUGAGGUGAACAACAAAUUAGAAAAGAGAAAUGCAGCAAGGCAGCUUUUAGACACACUCAUCCAUGAUGUGGCCCAGAAAAAACUGCCACUCUAUACACACUUGGAGUCACGGCCAAAGGAGGAGUAGAGGCUCGUAUUCUUAAAAACUAAAGACUAAACACUUGUACAUGCAUUUCUUUGUGUCACAGUUGCAAAGACUCUUUGUUCUCAUCGUUGACCUCAUGUUUGCGAUUAGGAGCAGUAAACAGACACUUUGUCUCAGGCAUGCAGUGUUUGUUCGUAUAGCCUCUUAUCAUUGCAGUUCCUUGCCUUUUACCAGAUUUUCAUGGCACUUGUAAAAUCAUGCUUGCGCACACACUAAAUGUUAUCUUGGCGUAAGUGCACUCAUAUGGGCAACAAUCUUUACUUUCACUUAGAUUCAUUAAUUUCAGUAAUUUUUUGUUUGCAUCACUCCAUAAACUUUUCAUGUUGACAUUAACCUACCCUGCUUAAUUGAGUUACAUUUUAAGUUAUUCUUGUAGUCUACCUAAAGCGGGGUACAAUACUGAUUUUCAAAAUGUGAGAAACCUGCCAUGAUGGAAAAUUUGGCAUUGGCACGCCACACCACACACAUCACCAUUUCUCCAACACGAGCGAGGCUCUCCUACCCCAAGCCAGAUGUCUGUUGUAGUACCAAGACUGAGCUGUGUGAGGCAGCACGGUGCCACAGGGGAUCCAGACUGUCGGAAAAUACAAAGAAGAAGCGUAGUCGUAGUAGUAGUAGUAGUAGUAGUAGUAGUAGAUGUAGAUGUAGAUGUAGAUGUAGACGAAGACGAAGAAAUAUGAGAAGCUAGGCUAACAUUUAGCUUAUGUGGGAUAUACAUUAUGGCUGCAAACUUAUCAUUUGUAUUGUGGUAAAUUGCUUUGGAGACAAAAAAAAACUAAGAUCCACAUAUACUGGAAGCGGUGUAGUCGAGAGAAAACAAAAGGAAGAGAAUAACUUGUUGGGAAUAAAUUAAUACCAUUUUCAAGGAAUGACUAUUAGAGUUUAGGCUGUAAAUGAAGACCAGUGUUUCUGUUUAGCCCAGCAGAGAACUUGCUGGCCCUGACGAUUUACCACUGUGUUAUUGUUAAUCCUAUUUCGAAACUUCUGAUUUACAAGUUUUAGAGAGUAAAAUUUCACUUUGUGUACAGUUUAACCCCCCCCCCCCCCCUAAAUGA